AUGGCUCGAGCAAUGGUCUUGAUAUGGGUGUGGUGUGCGGUUUUAGCUACUACAUGUGUCAAUGGUUUGGGCGUGAAUUGGGGUACUCAAGCAUCAUCACCUUUGGAUCCUAAAUAUGUGGUUCAGAUGCUCAAAGACAAUAAGAUUAAGAAGGUGAAGCUUUUUGAUUCGGAUCAUUGGACCGUUAAUCACUUUGCUGGGACGGGGAUCGAAGUUGCGCUCGGUAUCCCAAACCUCAAUCUUAAGGAGUUUAGCGACGAUUAUGAUACUGUCCAAGAUUACGUCAAGGAAAAUGUCAGCGAUCAUUUGCGCGAUCAUGGAGGUGUUAAUAUCAAGUACAUAGCCGUUGGGAACGAACCAUUCUUGAAAGCUUACAAAGGGAAAUUCGAGAAAACCGUUUUCCCAGCCCUAAAAAACGUACAAAAAGCACUCAACGAAGCUGGUCUGGGACAUAAAAUCAAAGCCACCAUCCCUCAAAACGCCGACGUCUACAACUCCGGUACCGCAGGCCCAUCGGCCGGAAACUUCCGAGCAGAUAUCAGAGACGUUAUGAUCAAAAUAUCAAGAUUUCUUGAUCAAAACAACUCCCCUUUCAUGGUCAACAUCUACCCUUUUCUCAGUCUCUACGAAAACGACAAUUUUCCGGUGGAAUUCGCCUUCUUCGAAGGCGGCGGACAGGGUGUUCAAGAUGGAAAUAUCCACUACACCAACAUGUUCGACGCCAAUCUCGACACCCUCAAGUAUUCCCUCAAGAAAGCCGGAGCUAGCAACGUUAAAAUCGUGGUCGGAGAAAUCGGGUGGCCGACCAACGGCCAUAAACAAGCCAACGCCAAAAUGGCGGAGAAAUUCUACAAUGGAUUAUUGCAGAAACUAGCUUCGAGUAAAGGAACCCCACUGAACCCAGGUUACAUCGAGGUUUAUCUUUUCAGUUUAACCGACGAAAACACCAAGAGUGUUGCUCCGGGGUACUUCGAACGUCACUGGGGGAUUUUCCGGUACGACGGCCAACCAAAAUACCCAGUUGAUUUUUCCGGCCAAGGGAACGAAAAGAUGCCGGUGGGUGCAAAACAUGUCAAGUAUAUGCCUCAUCAAUGGUGUGUUUUGAAAGAUGACAUCAAGAAUUUGAAAUCGAUGAAGGGUAAUAUGGAUUAUGCUUGUAGUUUAGGCGAUUGCACCAGUCUUUCCUAUGGAUCAACCUGCAACAAGUUGAGUGAAAGAAAGAACAUAUCGUAUGCAUUUAAUAUGUAUUUUCAGAUGAAUGAACAAAGUGUGGAAGCUUGUGAUUUUAAUGGAGCUGCAAAGAUCACCAAGCAGAAUUUCUCCGACGGUGAAUGUCUUUUUCCGGUGGAGAUAAUCAGUGGUGCCCGGAAGGAACUCGCCGGAAUCUUGAGUGGUGUUGUAAGUUCGAUGAUGAUGAUGAUGAUGUUGAUGGUGUUGUUCUGA